ACUUUGCUAUUGCAAACGGCAAAAUUGGAGACGCCAUUGUAACGGAAGGGGGCUGCGAGGACGAGUCUGCUGCCGCGCUCUGUCAUCGCGUGAGCGUCUUGAUGGAUCUUUCACUUCGCGAUGAAGAUACGAAGCUUACCUUUGUUGAAGCAUAUUUGAUUACCACUCUUCGUGCUUCGCCUGACAACGUUUUGGGCCUGGAAUCUCUAUUGUCCAAUCUUGUGGUCAUUCGUGCUGCCCCCACCGCACCAACAGAUGAACCAAGCUUUAGCCCGAGCUCUCGUCCAUCUACCUUUCAGCGUACUAUUCAGCCUACCGAUGUACCAUCAUCACAACCAUCACUUGCCCCAGUUGUUGGUCCCACUACUCUUGAACCAACAAGAUUCCCGACCAAAGCACCAACAAAGGCUCCGGUCGCGGCUCCAAAUUUGGCAACUGAAAACCCAACCACAAGCCCAACCAAAACACCAGUCGUUGCUCCUAUAUUGGCUCCUGUGGUCGGCCCAACGCCACCGCCAACGCAAGUACCUACGAAGGGCCCAUCGGUGGCUCCAUCGUCGGCUCCAUCAAAGGUCCCCACGAAGGUCCCCACGAAGGUCCCCACAAAGCGUCCAACUACAAACCCCACUUCCACCCCGACCAGGAUUCCAACGGCAAGUCCAACUUCCGGCCCCACAGAUGGUCCAACAGUGGCCCCUACAAAGGCUCCAACUGAAAUCCCGACUUCUGGUCCCACCGGUAGUCCGACACUGCAAGCUAGCCAAUCUCCAACGGUGAUGACAUCAGUCAUAACGCCAUCGGCGACAGCCCUGCAGUCAUCCGAUUUUUAUUGCAACCCUGACUUGUGCGCAGGUGAUGGAAGUGGGCAGUUGAUGCCUGGUACGCCAGCCGGUGAAGCUUCAAAUGCCAUUGAUGGCAAUAUCGAUGGCAACUACUAUAGUGGAUCAAGUUCACACACCUGGACACAAUGGAACCCAUACUGGCAAGUACAAGGAAUUGCGGGCCCUGUCAGUACAGUACGCAUAUGGAAUAGAAAUGGUGAAGCGGGUGCAGAUGACUUGGUUGGCGCAAAUGUAGAUCUGCUGGACCAUAACGGAGAGGUCCUAGCAACUCGCGAAAUUCAGGGUGUUGCACACUUCCGGGAAUUCGAGUUUGAAAGUAUCAGCGGAGUCGACCUGCUCCUUGCAACCUUCUGGGAAUUCGAGUUUGAUAAUGUCAGCGAUGUUGAUACGGUCCGAGUCUUGCACCCUUCCCUUACAUUUCUCAUCAUUGCAGAAGUCGAAGUCCUUGGUGGAAGUUCUCACAGCUCAUUAAUCACUGAAUCUUCGGUAGCCUCGCAAUCGUCGUCUUUAAAUUGCGAUGCAUGUAUGUACGUUCCACAUGGCUCUGUUGCUGGGCCAGCAAGCCUAGCCAUUGACGGUAAUCGAAAUUACCCAGGGGCUCAUACACAGGCUCAGGUAGACCCGUGGUGGCAGGUGGAUCUCCAGUUGACCGCAACUGUGAGCAGGGUUGUCGUCUGGGGCCGUGAGGAUUCUUGCUGCAUUGGUUGGUUGUAUGGCGCCAGAAUUCAUUUGAAAGACACUUUUGGUAAUGUCAUUCACACUGAGAUAGUAUCAGAUGCUGGUGUGAUGAGUACUUUUGAAUUUCCUCCCGUUGAGGAUGUUGCUGCAAUUCAAAUUGUUAUGGGUGCAUCACCUGAAUAUUUUCCCUUGAAUAUUUUGGAGGUCGAGGCAUUCGGUGUUAUCCAAUGA